UCAUGCAAGGUUAUGUGUGGAUCUAAAGUUGUCUGAAUGUUAUUUGUGGUUCUAAAGUUAUCUGAAUGUUAUGUGAGGUUAUGUGUAGAUCUAACGUUAUCUGAAUGUUAUGUGAGGUUAUGUGUGUAUGCAUCUCUACUCUGGGUUGUUUUGCUGCAUGUACUGCACUGAUAGCAUUGAACAGUAAAGUAAAUGUUGUUUUAAUGUUUUUUUAAAUGUUAUUUGAAUGUUGUGUGAAUGAUUUCCCUGUCCCUGUCUCCCAGGUCUUUUUGCUCCUGUCUCUGCUGGCUCCUGUAGCCGUCCUCUCUCAGUUCUACCUCCCUCAGGACUGUGAUGACAUCUAUCAACGUGACAACACCAAACCCAGUGGGGUGUACACCAUCUACCCUGGGGGUCCCACCACCCCCUUGCACGUCUACUGUGACAUGAACACGGAUGGAGGGAGGUGGACUGUGUUCCAAAGGAGAAUGGAUGGAACAGAGAACUUUUACAGACCCUGGGCACACUACAAAUCUGGCUUUGGUAAUGUGGCUGGAGAGUACUGGCUGGGUCUGGAAAACAUCUUCCUCCUGACGAUGAGGAAGAAGAAUGAGCUGAGAGUGGACAUGGAGGACUUUGAGGGAGGGAAGGUUUAUGCUAAAUACACAUCCUUCUCCAUUGAUCCUGAGAACUACGGAUACACACUGAGACUGGGCACUUAUGUAGACGGAGGGGCAGGGGACUCCUUGUCGUUUAGCAACGGCAUGAAGUUCAGCACCUACGACAAUGAUCAAGAUACCUGGGGAGAACACUGUGCCAGGCGCUACCUGGGUGGAUUCUGGUUCGGUGACUGUACGCAUGCUAACCCUAACUCCCUGUACGCCCCACAUCCGGAAACAUCUUUCACUCUUGUGUCUGUUUUUUGGCAGCACUGGAAAGGGGUAGACUACUCUCUGAAAAGCAUUUCCUUUAAGAUCAGGGCUGUCUCUGAUGCUAUGGCUGUCCAGGAGCAGGAGUAACAUACCUGACUCUAUCAGUCCUGACCUAAUGUCACCAUCUCUAAAUGACUCCACAAAUACAAUGUGGAGAACGGGGCACUAGAGCUAGCCAGUCAGACACUAACACCUAGAGAUCAAUAUGGUCUCUACAUUAUCACUGUAACACUAACACCUAGAGAACAAUACGGUCACUACAUCAUCACUAUAACACUGACACCUAGAGAACAAUACGGUCACUACAUCAUCACUAUAACACUGACACCUAGAGAACAAUACGGUCACUACAUCAUCACUAUAACACUGACACCUAGAGAACAAUAUGGUCACUACAUCAUCACUACAGCACUAACACCUAGAGAACAAUACGGUCUCUACAUUAUCACUAUAACACUGACACCUAGAGAACAAUAUGGUCACUACAUCAUCACUACAGCACUAACACCUAGAGAACAAUACGGUCACUACAUCAUCACUAUAACACUGACACCUAGAGAACAAUAUGGUCACUACAUCAUCACUACAGCACUAACACCUAGAGAACAAUACGGUCACUACAUCAUCACUAUAACACUGACACCUAGAGAACAAUAUGGUCACUACAUCAUCACUAUUAUUAUCAUCUUGGAUGUUAAUGUUUCAUGUUAUGACAGCACAAUGGGCUCUCUAUCUCUUAUAUGGUCACUACUGCAUCACUAUUAUUAUCAUCUUGCAUGUUAAAGUAGCGUUUCAUGUUAUAGCAGCACUAUGGGCUCUCUAUCUCUUAUAUGGUCACUACUGCAUCACUAUUAUUAUCAUCUUGCAUGUUAAAGUAGUGUUUCAUGUUAUAGCAGCACGAUGUGCUCUCUGUCUCUUGAUUCCACUGUUACUUGACUCAAGUAAUAAUUAAAGCAUU